AAAGCAUUGAUACACUGUCACCAGUAUUAAUUAUUCUUGAUACGCCCUGCAAAUCUCCAGGAUCAAGGGGAUCUAUACAAGAUUUGCAGGCGUUCCUAAAUCUGACUGCCGAUCGAUAUUACUGGUGUAUGCCGAAUCACUUAAUCAACAAUGUCAGUCGGACAAUAGGUUCGUUGAGUUCGAUCUUUUGCAUGGGUGAUGGGAUUACUUACCGGAACAUGCUGGAGAUGAUACGAUCAUACGAGUAACAGUUAUUACUUAAAAACUUUGUUUCUGAAAUAACGAUACAAUCUCCCUACGCAAAAAACCAUUCAGCCGAAAGCAAAGCAAUUCGAUGGCUGCGACAACGGACACGUGAUACUAGACCUUAAAGUGGGCCAUGAUCGCGCUGCCGGGAAGUCCACGCGGUCGGACGACUACAGCCGCAGCCCGCAGUAAUAACAGCUGACAUACGCAACGUGCUAUGUGGCCUCAACUAUCAUUCCUGAUAUUAUGCUGCUGCGUUUCCUUUUCUAGUCCUGGGUUAAUGGCUCCGGAAGAAUUCUGCUGUGCGCUGAACGAAGAUGACGCAAAAACGUAUCCCAAAUGCGCGAAUAUCGUGUGUAACGACGAGCCAGAGGAAACAACCAAGCGUGCCACGACAACAACGACAACCACGCCAUCUGUACCGAUGCCUCUCGUCCUGGAUCCACAAGUUGUGGAAUUGGCCGGGAACGACACGCGAUCGGCUGGACAAAUGUUGUCGUCGUCCCAGUUAUUUGAGGGCGAUGUGCUGGGCGUCCCUGUUGAUGCGCCCGUAAACGUUAAUGAUAUGGGAAAAAACUUCGUCACGAGCGAGGAGCUGAAAUGGCGGGAUGCAACCAUCCCAUACGUUAUGUCGAACACAUUUCGUCCACGCGACAAAGCGCUCAUUCGCGACGCCAUGGAGGAUUUUAUGUCGAAGACGCCCAUCAAAUUUCGUCCACGAAAGGAUGAGGACAAGGAUUAUGUGUACAUCGGACCCGGCUUUGGAUGCUCCUCAUAUAUCGGCCACUUGGGAGAAAAACAAGUCAUGUCUCUUCACGUACCAGGUUGCAUGAAAAAGGGCGUUGUACAGCACGAGCUAAUGCAUACCACCGGAUUUUACCAUGAACAAGCUCGUACAGACAGAGACAAUUACGUGGAAAUAAACUGGAGCAAUAUCCGCCAAAUCGAUCGGAGCCAGUUUCGCAGCUACGCAGACAAGGAUAUCACGGCAUUUGGUCGACCGUACGAUUUUGCUUCUGUACUGCAUUAUGGGAUGUACGAUUUCGCCAUCGACCCGGAGGAGUGGACCAUCCGACCGCGACAAAAUGCCUCGCGUCUGCCCGGCGCCGAUGUCAUGGGACAACGCGAAGCGCUCAGCGAGACCGAUGUGGAGAAGAUCAAGCUGGCCUACCCGGAAAACAAAGGUAAAUCUUGUCCUUCGACCGAGGGCUGGGCGGCCUACAAGAAAUUCUGCUACUUUUUCUCCUUUCUGUCCAACGGCACAACGAGGAAACCGUUCGCCAAUGCCAAUCUGUUUUGUCGGCAAAAUGGCGCCAGGUUAGCGCCCGAUCCCGAGGAAGGCGUUACUGUGUUUUUUCAAGCGCAGUUCGCCUUAGCCAACGCCCUGCCGAGCAGCACCAGGGUCUACGUAGCCAGCUGCAAUACGAUUACACCUGAGAACAUCGAGGAAUCUCAGGAGUCUGAUUGCUUGGAUAAGCUGGACUUUAUCUGUGUAAAGCGUGUUGCUGUCUAAGCGACAGCGUGUGUCUGCGCAAAUUGUGAAAUAAUGGAUGAUAUACUACUGUACACAAACGGGGUGUGUCACUGAUUCACUGCUUGGUAUCUGUAUAUAUCCAAAGGUCACCCUUGAAGUUGAAGUCACUACAUGUAUAUUCCGACUCCCGGCUGGUUAAAAAUGCCGUAUGAACAACCGCCCUUGUUGGCGACUGCUAGCUUGUUAGCUGAGCUCGAUCUGACUGCUUUUCGAAUUUUUCUAUUGUCCGGCGUAGCAUCGGGUAUACGUACUGACUUCGCCGACCAAAAGCAGAAUUUAAAAAUUUGGUAUCCAGUAA